CACACCGCACAUCCAUCAUGUCCAACCCCUACCAGUCGUCGCGCCCAGACGAGUCGCACCUGCCUAAGCGCGACGCGCCCAAGCCCACCGAGGCGAGCGAGUACCUCUGCGGCGACUGCGGCCAUAAAACGUCGAUUAAGAUGGGCGAGCUGAUCCGCUGCCGCGAGUGCGGGCACCGUGUCAUGUACAAGCCGCGCACGCACAAGAGUGAGUACUUCGGCCAGCCGCCUGUCGGGAGUAUUCGCUGACGAGCAGUCGUGAGUCGCCUUUCUCGGCUUGGAUAUUGUCCCGCACCAUUGGGUAAUUGCUG